GCUCAUAAACACAACAUGUUAAACAGCUGAUCUGUGUGAGCGACACACACACACACACACACGCACGCAUGCGCACGGAGACAGUCGUGUGAUUUCCUGUAACUGGAGGGAACCUGAAGCUGAAAGUGUUCAGUUAGUUCAGACUCCAUUUUGAGUCGACAGAGCAGGAGGAGGAAACUGAAGGCUGAGGCAGGACUGACUGAAGACCAGAAGAUGAGUGUUUGUGUGGAGGAAGAGGAGGACAGAGCAGAGUCUCCAGGAUCCAGCUGUCUGUCUCUGAAGAGUGACUGGUCCAAAGGAAGCAAUCCAUUCUUCAGUAAUGAACCUGGACCCUCAGACACAAAAGUUCAGUCCAACAGACGGAGAGCAGAGUCUCCAGGAUCCAGCUGUCUGUCUCUGAAGAGUGACUGGUCCAAAGGAAGCAAUCCAUUCUUCAGUAAUGAACCUGGACCCUCAGACACAAAAGAGAGGAAGAGGAGUCAUGUUUCUGUGGAGGAGCAGCCGUCCUGCUGUGCUUUGUGUCAGGACGUCCUGAAGGAUCCGGUCUCUACCAGCUGUGGACACUGGUUCUGCAGACGGUGCAUCACCUCAUACUGGGACCAGUCUGCUUCAUCAGGAGACUCCUCCUGUCCCCAGUGUGGAAAAACAUCCAGAACAAGACCUGGACUGCAGACAGCCAGUCAGACCAGCACUGUACAGACAGAUAGUGGUCUGCAGGAGGUUUUAGAUGAACAUAAGAUCAGUCUGAGGAGGAGAUGUGAAAGUGUGACUGAAGGAAGUGAUGAAACAGGAAGUGGAACCCUCCUCAACAGGAUCUACACUGAGCUCUACAUCACAGAGGGACAGAGUGAAGAGGUUAAUACCCAACAUGAGGUGAGGCAGCUUGAGACAGCUUCCAAGAUGGAGACCCUCCAUGACACUCCAAUCAAGUGCCACGACAUCUUUAAAGCCUUACCCGGCCAACAGAGACACAUCAGAGUCGUUCUGACGAACGGCGUCGCUGGCGUUGGAAAAACCUUCUCGGUGCAGAAGUUCACUCUGGACUGGGCAGAGGGCUUGGAAAACCAAGACAUCAGUCUGCUGAUUCUGCUUUCGUUCAGGGAGCUGAACUUGAUCAGAGAUGCGCGGUACAGUCUUCUCAAGCUGCUCCAUGUUUUCCAUCCAACAUUACAGAAGGUCACAGCAGAGAAGCUCGCCGUCUGUAAACUUCUGUUCAUCUUUGACGGCCUGGAUGAAAGCAGACUUUCACUGGAUUUCCACAACAAUGAGGUCGUGUCUGAUGUCACACAGGAGUCAUCAGUCAACGUGCUGCUGACAAACCUCAUUAAGGGGAAUCUGCUUCCCUCGGCUCUCGUCUGGAUCACUUCCCGACCUGCAGCAGCCAAUCAGAUCCCUCCUUCAUGUGUUGGCAGGGUAACAGAAGUACGAGGCUUCACUGAUGCCCAGAAGGAGGAGUACUUCAGGAGGAGAGUCAGUGAUGAAGAGCUGUCCAGCAGAAUCAUCUCACACAUCAAAACAUCCAGGAGCCUCCACAUCAUGUGUCUGAUCCCAGUCUUCUGCUGGAUCACUGCUACAGUUCUGGAGCACAUGUUGACUACAGACCAGAAAGGAGAGCUGCCCAAGACCCUGACUGACCUGUACUCACACUUCCUGCUGGUUCAGACAAAGAGGAAGAAGCAGAAGUAUGACGAGGGACAUGAGACGAGUCCACAGGAGCUGAUGGAGGCUGACAGGAAAGUUCUUCUGAAGCUGGGGAGGCUGGCGUUUGAACAGCUGAAGAAAGGAAAUAUCAUGUUCUACCAAGAAGACCUGGAGCAGUGUGGUCUGGAUGUCUCAGAGGCCUCGGUGUACUCAGGAGUUUGUACAGAGAUCUUCAGAAGAGAGAGUGUGAUCUUCCAGAAAACAGUCUACUGCUUUGUUCAUCUGAGCGUUCAUGAGUUUCUGGCUGCAGUCUACAUGUUCCACUGUUACACCAACAGGAAGACAAAGGUACUGGAGGACUUCCUGGGGAAAGACUGGAAACACAAAGGCUCAUCUCUAGAUGUCUUCCUGAUGAGAGCCAUGGAGAAAUCCCUGAAGAGUAAAAAUGGCCACCUGGACCUGUUUGUCCGCUUCCUUCAUGGCCUCUCUCUGGAGUCCAACCAGAGACUCUUAGGAGGCCUGCUGGGUCGGACAGACAACAGUCCAGAAAUCAUCCAGAGGGCCAUCAACAACCUGAAGAAGAUGAACAGUUAUGAGAUCUCUCCUGACAGAAGCAUCAACAUCUUCCACUGUCUGACGGAGAUGAACGACCACUCAGUCCAUCAGGAGAUCCAAGAGUUCCUGAAGUCAGAGAACAGAUCAGAGAAGAAACUCUUUGAGAUCCACUGCUCAGCUCUGGCCUACAUGCUGCAGAUGUCAGAGGAGGUUCUGGAUGAGUUGGACCUGAAGAAGUACAACACAUCAGAGGAGGGAAGACAGAGACUGAUUCCAGCUGUGAGGAACUGCAGAAAGGCUGUACUUUCUGGCUGUCGACUCUCAGAGACUCACUGUGAAGUCGUGGCCUCAGCUCUGAAGUCCAACCCCUCCCAUCUGAGAGAGCUGGACCUGAGUUACAACAACCUGCAGGGUUCAGGAGUGAGGCUGCUGUCUGCUGGACUGGCGAGUCCAAACUAUAGACUGGAGACUCUGAGAUUGAGGGGCUGCAGUUUGUCAGAGAUCAGCUGUGCUUCUCUGGCCUCAGCUCUGAAGUCCAACCCUCCCAUCUGAGAGAGCUGGACCUGAGUCUCAACAAGCUGCAGGAUUCAGGACUGAAGCUGCUGUCUGCUGGACUGGAGAGUCCACACUGCAGACUGGAGAGUCUGAGGUCAGUUCACUCUUACUCUUACUAUUGUAGAUCUUAAAUGUUUAAUAAUUUAACCUAUUUUAUGUUCAAAUUUCCUUUUCAUAUUUUCAUGUUUCUUGUGAAUUUAGUCACAAAAAACUGUUAAGGCCUUUACUCAUCAACAGCAACGUGAAUAAACAGCACAAAAUUGAGAAUAAUUUGGAUGUGAAUUUUGACGCGCCUGACUAUUCACAUCAAGCGCGACGAGAUUUUGCGAAGAAAUUGUUUAAAAAAACAAAAAACAAAACUUGCGCUACAGGAAAAAAACAAUAAUCAACAUAAAGCGAUGAUGACCUGGUGCUCCUUUUACUUAAUAUAAAGGAAAGAAAAUGAAAUACCUGGGUACACCCAAUACUGACAAGGAGAGGAGACUUGGUGAGUUUUUUUUAUCCUUUUAUAGAAGUAUCCUUGUAGUGCUUUUGGAAUUUGCCCCCUCUUCAAGGAGCAUCUCUCCUCCGAGUAGCCAAGACAGAGCAUUUCCUCACUAGUGGUUUUAACGCACAGUAAACUCCUGCGACACUAUAGCCUCUUGUCGUUCCACAGUACAA